AUGCGUACUUGCCGACGAAUGCCACGCAUCUGCAGCUCAGGGCAGAUCUCUGCACAAAGAUGCGCUUUGCGGGUGCGUCUGAUCGGGGAGAUCAAGACAGCCACAUCAAGCGAAAAGAAGAGUUGUGAAGCUUUCAUUGAGGAGAGUGUUGUGAGGCGGGAGCUGUCAGACAAUUUCUGCUUCUACAAUGUGAAUUAUGACAGCUUGGAAGGAGCGGCGGGCUGGGCUCAGCAAACUCUGAAGGACCAUUCCAAAGACAAGCGAGAGCACUUGUAUUGCAAGGAGGACCUAGAGAAUGCGAAGACUCAUGACGAUCUGUGGAAUGCAGCUCAGCUGCAGAUGGUUCGCGAGGGCAAGAUGCACGGCUUCUUGCGAAUGUACUGGGCCAAGAAGAUUCUUGAAUGGUCGCCAUCUCCCAAGGAAGCUCUUGAACGUUGCAUUUGGCUCAAUGAUCGUUAUGAACUUGAUGGCCGCGACCCAAAUGGCUACGUGGGCUGCAUGUGGAGUAUUUGUGGCGUGCACGACAUGGGUUGGAAGGAGCGGGAGGUGUUUGGGAAGAUCCGCUUCAUGAACUAUGCUGGAUGCAAGCGGUGCACUUACAUACCUUUGUGCCACUGUGUGGUUGAG